AUGACCGAGCAAGUUACAGGAGCUAUCAAGCACGCAGUUAUGGGUCACAAGAACGACAAGAUCGACCAGCUCAAGGCCAACAUGGUCGAGCCCAGCGAAAACACCCGAAUCACCUCCGAUUAUGGUGUCAAGCAGAACAACACUGACAACUGGCUGCGCGUUGCAACUGAGGACCAAACGGGUCCCUCACUUUUGGAAGACGCCUUCGGUCGCGAGAAGAUUCACCGAUUCGACCACGAGCGUAUCCCCGAGCGUGUUGUCCAUGCCCGCGGUGCUGGCGCCCACGGUACCUUCAGACUUUUCGAGUCAGCUGCCGACGUGACCAAGGCUGGCAUCUUUACCGACACCUCGCGAGAGACACCCGUUUUUGUUCGUUUCUCGACUGUUCUAGGAAGCCGCGGCUCUGCCGAUACCGUUCGCGAUGUUCGCGGUUUCGCCAUCAAGUUCUACACUCAGGAAGGAAACUUCGACAUUGUCGGGAACAAUAUCCCUGUUUUCUUUAUCCAAGACGCGAUGAAAUUCCCUGACGUUAUUCACGCCGGAAAGCCCGAACCACAUAAUGAGGUUCCUCAGGCGCAGUCCGCGCACAACAACUUCUGGGAUUUUAUGUUUGAGCACUCCGAGGCGACUCAUAUGCACACGUGGGCCAUGUCCGAUCGAACAAUUCCCCGAUCUUACCGCAUGAUGCAAGGUUUCGGCGUCAACACCUUUACUCUGGUCAAUGAAAAGGGCGAGCGACGAUUCGUCAAGUUCCACUGGACACCCGAGCUUGGAGUCCACUCACUUGUCUGGGAUGAGGCUCUCAAACUUGCUGGUCAAGACCCUGACUUCCACCGUAAGGAUCUUCAAGAGGCUAUCGAGAACGGCGCUUUCCCCAAGUGGAAGUUCGGUAUCCAGGUUUUGGAGGAAUCUCAGGAGCAUGACUUUGACUUUGAUAUCCUCGACGCCACCAAGGUUUGGCCCGAGGACCUCAUCCCUGUCCGAUACAUUGGCGAGCUCGAGCUCAACCGCACUGUCGAUGAGUACUUCACCGAGGUGGAGCAGGUUGCUUUCUGCACUAGCCACCUUGUUCCUGGCAUUGGAGCCUCUGACGACCCUCUUCUCCAGGGCCGAAACUUUUCGUACCAAGAUACUCAACUCAGCCGACUGGGAACCAACUGGGAAGAGCUUCCCAUCAACAAGCCAGUGUGCCCUGUCAUGAACUUCAACCGCGAUGGUGCUAUGCGACACACCAUAUCCAAGGGCAAGGUCAACUACUGGCCCAACCGUUUCAGCCAUCAACCUCCUGCCACAGCUAGCGAGGGCGCCUACGUCGAUUACGCGGCAAAGAUUGCUGGUAUGAAGCAGCGAACUCUAAGCAAGAAGUUCAAGGACCACUUCUCCCAAGCCCAACUUUUCUACAACUCUCUUUCCGAGAUUGAGAAGGCUCACAUUCAGGCCGCUUACUCUUUUGAGUUGGACCACUGUGACGAGGCUAUCGUCUACGAGCGCUUGACUGAGCGCCUCGGUGAAAUCGAUGGCGACCUUGCCAACACCAUUGCCGAGAUGGUUGGUGGCAAGAAGCCUUCUAACCCCAGGCCCAACCCCGGAAAGAAGGCCAAGAACCUGAGUCAGCUGGACUUCGUCCCUGAGACUCCUACCAUCAAGUCUCGACGAAUUGCCAUCCUAAUUGCUGACGGUUACGACCCUGUCGCCUUCAACGCGAUGUACGCUGCUAUCCAGGCUCAGAGCGCUCUUCCCUUCGUCAUCGCUCCUCGCCGAUCAACCAUCUUCUCUGCCGACGAGGAUCCGUCUUCUUCAAAGGGUCUCACGCCUGGGCACCACCUUGAAGGCCAACGUUCCACCAUGUUCGACGCCAUCUUUGUUCCUGGCGGUGCAAAGUCCAUUGAGACUCUUUCCAAGAACGGCCGCGCUCUGCACUACGUCCGAGAGGCUUUUGGUCAUCUGAAGACCAUUGGUGGUACUGGAGAGGCUGUCGACUUCAUCAACAAGGCGAUCCAGCUCUCUGAAGUUGCUCUGUCCUCCACUGACGGCAGUGGUGUUGUUGACAGCUACGGUGUGGUUACUCUCAAGAAUGCUUCGCCCGACAGCCUUAAGGAGAUUGUUACAGUUGCUUCCGAUGCUAAGGGAUUCCUGGAGAAGUUUGUUUACAACGUUAGUUGCCAUCGCAACUGGCAGCGAGAGUUGGAUGGUCUCAGCACCAUGGUUGCGUACUAA